AUGGAUUCUCGCUUGUCGUCCGUCGUCGCCGAGUCUCCGGACGACGAUUCCGCCUCGCCAAUCCAUUCCCUCUCCGACGAUCUUCUCACCUCCAUCCUCCGCCUAGUCCUCUCCGCCAAUCCCACCGCAUCCGAUACAAGCACAUCCGAUAUAAACACCAGCGAUUGUCGCACACCGUACCAAGCGGCUCUGGUCUGCAAGCGCUGGUCCCGCGUCGCGCCUCUCGCGCUCACCUCCCUCACAGUCCUCUCCGCGUCUUCCGCCGCCUCCUUUUCCCCUAAACGCGAGCUGCUCUGCCGUCGCCUCGAACUAGCGCUGCGCAAGUUUCCGAACCUAACUCGCUUGCACCUCGACAGCCACACGAUAGACUUCAUCGACGAUCGCUUCCUACGCGCCCUAGCCUCGGCAUGCCCGAACCUGACGUACCUCUUCCUCGGCAAGGUUCGGUUGCCGGUUCGGCCGCCGCUCGUCGACGCGGUGAGCGAGGCGGGCCUCGCGAGCGUGUUUCGCGGAUGCAGGCGGCUCGAGCACGUGAGCGUGCACUGCGCGCCCAACAUCAAAUUGCUCCCCGCGUCGCUCCUUGAUCUUUCCGCGCUGCGCCGGCUGCAGCUCGAAGCGCCGAGUUUAAAGCUCUUCCCGGAAGUCUCCCGGGGGAGAUUAAGUUCGCUCCGCGAUUUGCGGCUGCUGUCGUGCAACGCGCUUCCGUGCCUGCCGGACUCUCUGGGCGACCUCGCUGGUCUCACUCAUUUGCGCAUCGAGAAAUCCGACAAUCUCGAGCAGCUUCCCGAUUCGUUAUGCGACCUGCAGCUGCUCGACGUCCUCGUUAUAAGCUCCUGCUACUGGCUCACGUCGCUGCCUGACGAUCUCGGGCAGCUGCCGUGCCUGCGCGUAUUGGAGCUCGACGGAUGCGGAGGUUUGCUCGAACUGCCCGGUUCGCUGCCGCAGCUACACUCCCUCGAACGACUCGUUAUAAGCCGAUGCGGUAACCUUACGCUGCUGCCCGAAGACAUCGGACAAUUACCACUUUUGCGCGAAUUAGAGAUCAGCAAGUGCCAUCGCCUCGUCGGCCUCCCUCCCUCCCUGCCCGACCUGGCCGAGCUCGAGUUCCUGGAAGUUUCCGACUGCACGCGUCUAGAGUCCCUACCCGACGACCUAGGCCGUCUAUCCGUUCUUAAAACCCUGCGCCUCGCCUCGCUCCCUAAUUUGUCCUCUCUUCCCGAAACCCUAGACCAGCUCACUUGUCUCCGUGAGCUCCAAUUAGAAGACAUCGACAGUCUUUUAGGCCUGCCCGACCCAGUAACGAGCCUCGGGCAGCUGGAAAAACUCGUUUUGGGGCUGUCCUGCUCGCCAAGCCUGCCCGAAUCUGUAGGCGCGCUGACGCGUUUGAAAGAGCUGCAGCUGCGGCACUGUAAGGGGUUAACGGGUCUGCCUGUAGCGAUGCGCGCGAUGACGCGGCUGGAGCGGCUGGUGGUGGAGGAGUGCUGCGAGCUGGUGGCUCUGCGCCUGCCAGAGGGAGAGGGCGUAGCGGCUGGUGGUAACCAGGUGCACCGCGUUACAGUGGGCGCCGGGGAACCUGGCGCGGAUGCAGGGGCUGCGGGAGCUGAGGCUGGAUGGGUGCAGAACGGUGCUGCUGCCGCCGUCUCUGGCGUGCUUGGGGCGGCUGGAGAAGCUGAUUGUAGUGAGUAA